CAUACACAUUAUAUACAUACACCUGUAUCAGCAGGCAUCCUCUCUCUCUGAAACUAGGGUUUUGUUCCGAUUUAAUCGAGAAAAAAUACCUAAAUUCCGACGAAGAAUUCUCGUUGCUCUUCUUCAGGAGGCGAAGAAACUCAUUAAAUUUUCGGCAAGUUCUUCGGGAAAUCGCGAGAAGCUUUGGUUCUGGAGGAAAGUCUCCUUGAACGGAGCCGACAGGAUCGAGAAUUAGAAGAAAGGAACUUCAAACUAAGAUGGGCUCUGAGCAAAACAACAGUACGAGCUUCCCACCGUCGGAGCCAAAGCUCUGCGCUAAUGGCUGCGGCUUCUUCGGGUCACCAUCCAACAUGAACCUCUGCUCAAAAUGUUACAGGGAUCUCCGAGCCAUGGAGGACCAGAAGGCCGCUGCCAAAGCCGCCGUCGAGAAAUCCUUCAAGCCGUCGCUCCUAACGCCAGAACAGCCUGCAAAACCAGUACCAGCUUCUGCAGAAGCAGCAGUCGUCAAUGGGACUGAACCGACGGCCACCCCUGGUGCGGCUGACAAGCACGAGCCACCAAGACAUCCGUCCAACCGGUGCUCGAGCUGUAAUAAGAAGGUCGGGGUCAUGGGGUUCAAGUGCAAAUGCGGUAGCACGUUCUGUGGCGAUCACAGAUACCCUGAGAAGCACGAGUGUAGCUUCGACUUCAAAGAAGCUGGACGUGAUGCUAUCGCGAAGGCGAAUCCAUUGGUCAAGUCUGAUAAAGUUCAGAGGAUCUGAAUCUCUUUUAAGCAUUUGGGUUGCCUUUCUUCCUCGCAUUUGGUCCGUUUGGACAAACUUCAGGGGGUGAUUUGAGUUUGAUGUUUGGUUCCGUCGUAAAGUGAAAUGUUGGCUUGUCGUGGCUUUAUUCCUUGGAUUCACUCCUUAAAAUUCUUGGAACUAUUAUACCUUACGAGUGCCUGUUGUAUAUACCGACUCUCUUCAAGGGGAGGGUUUGUUCAUGGCUUUUUAACUUUUGGGGCUUCAAUUCCAACAAAGGAACCGCACCAUUAAUUAUUGGUGCUUUCAUGUA